AUGGCUCAAAAUGGAAUACAAAACCAUAUGACAGAACGACUACAAGUGAUCGGUGAAGAACAAAGAUUCACGACCGACUUGUCGAGCUCGAUCGAAAAUUGGGGUUUACUCGAAAAGGGUUUCAAUUAUGACUUGGUAGCAGUAUUUGGAUCACAAUCGAGUGGAAAAAGUACCCUGUUGAACCGAGUGUUCGGUACUACUUUCGAGGUCAUGGAUGAGGCUGAUCGGCGUCAAACCACCAAAGGUUUGCCAUAA